AUGCUGCUGCGCUCAGUGCUUCUCUCUCAUGGUGCUCAGGUCUUCCCUUUGAGAACCAAUUGCCAUUCCAGCUCUAAUCCAUGCUCUGGGAGAGGAGACCCCUGUAAUGCCUGGGCCCAAGGAGAGCUUUCUGUGACCCGACUCCUGAUGCCCAUUUUGCUUGAAUCCUCAGCAGACUCUGCUGGAGAGGGUGGCGAUGAUGAGUUGCGAGAGGAAGAAGAAAAGGAAGACCUGAAAAGCUAUUCGAGAAGAAAGAUCGUUUCCAACUGGAGCCGCUACGAGGAUGCAGAGAGAGAGAACGACAGCGCGGAGUCGCAGAGAGGAACCGACUUCAACGUUCUGCUUAGCUCAGCAGGAGACUCCUUUGCACAGUUUCGAUUUGCUGAAGAGAAGGAAUGGGAUACGGAAAGCCUAAGCCAUAAGCAGCUAUCAGUCCUUAAUGUCGACUGUCAGACUUUGGUCCAGGCCCUUCAGGAACUGCCUCUACAUCUAAGGUUGAAUGUGGCUGCCGAGCUUGUGCAGGCAUCGACACCUGCUGAGCUCCCGCCCAUCAAACUUAAAACCAUUGAAGACAGCAAGAGAAGAGAGACUCUGUUUCAACAGAGCAAAGCAGCGCCCGGUUCCCAUCGCGGGGGCCGUUCUGCUGCCCCGCCAGAACCUGCAGGAAAAGCUGCUCGUGCAGCAGAGCCGCUUCAGCGCGGCCGCCCGCUGCCGCAGCAGGACACUGACGCCCUGGAUGAGGAACUGGAUCGGCUCCUCAAUCUGGAUGCUCCCGGUACUGUGGAAAAUAGCUGUGUGUCAAGGACCAUAGACAGCACCAUAACUGAGAAAGAGCAGAAAAGGGAUUAUAAGGAAAAAGAACCUCAAAAACUGGAUGUGCCUGAAGAGAACAGCUCAGCAUCACAGCAGCAGCAGCAGCAAAGUGCAUCUAAAAAUGUCACUGAGGAGGAGCUUGAAGACUGGCUGGACAGCAUGAUAUCCUGAAGCCAAAAUUCUCUUAUGCGAAUAAAUGAAUAUAACAAAAGUUAAGUAGAAAGUAUUAGUUAAAGGAGGUCACUCUAUUGCUUAAUCUCUUUUUUUAUUUCCUUGGUUCAGGAUGCCCAAUACUCACCCUAAAUUUGCUUAAAUUUAUUGAAAUUCAAGUUAGUUAUUAUUCCUGGUAAACCGUACUUAUUUAAGACAA